AUGCCACUAAAUACACUCCAUUCGGUUGGAUCUUACAAAUUUUACAAAUUAACAGCCAAUGUGUGCAUACUCACUAGUUUAGUAGUCACUCCUUUAUCAGUCGAAAAUUUACAUUUAGCUGCGGUGGGUAGGUGGCGAUGUAAUUGGGGACACCAUUUUAGUAGCUCCAUUCGCUUCCCCCCCUAA